CACCCCACCCCAUCCUCUCGCACCCGCCGCCCACCAUGACCAUGGCCGCCGCCGUCGAUGUGACCGACUCCAUUGCCAACAAGCUGGCCGACGCCCAGCUGUCGGUCGAUGUGCCAGCCACCGAGACCCCCGCCGAGGCCAAGGUUUCCACCCCCCGCAAGACCACCCUCCUCUUCAGUGUCAGCGACUCGCCCGGGGUUUUGGAGCGUGUGCUGACCGCCCUGCGCGGCAGCUCGCCGAACCUCUCCCUGACGCGCAUCGAGUCGCGUCCUUCCCUGUCGACGGACUUUGACUAUGACUUCUUCGUGGACUUCGAUGCGGCCAACCCCGGCAUCACUGCCGCCGCGGUCAAGUCCAUCGAGCCGCUGGUGAACCAGGUCCGCGUGGUGGCCGAGCGCGACCCGGUCCCCUGGUUCCCGCGCAAGAUCGCCGACUUGGACUCCUUCGCCGCCAAGACCCUGAGCUAUGGCGAGGAGCUGGCUGCCGACCACCCCGGCUUCACCGACCCGGUGUACCGGGCCCGGCGCGAGGAGAUCACCCGCAUCGCGCGCACCUACCGCCACGGCCAGCCCAUCCCGCGCAUCGAGUACACCGACUCCGAGCGCGCCACCUGGCGCGCGGUCUACAACAACCUGACCCAGCUGUACCCGACUCAUGCGUGCCGCGAGCAUCGCUACAUCUUCCCCCUGCUGGAGCAGAACUGCGGCUACGGCCCGGACAACAUCCCCCAGCUUGAGGACAUCUCGCGCUUCCUGCGCGACUGCACCGGGUUUACCCUGCGCCCGGUGACCGGGCUUCUCUCGGCCCGCGACUUCCUCAACGGCCUGGCCUUCCGUGUCUUCCACUCGACGCAGUAUGUGCGCCACCACUCGGUGCCGCUGUACACCCCCGAGCCGGACCUGUGCCACGAGCUCCUCGGCCAUGUGCCCCUCUUCGCCGAUCCGGACUUCGCCGACAUGUCCCAGGAGUUCGGUCUGGCUUCGCUCGGUGCCAGUGACGAGAUGAUUGAGCUCCUUGCUACGGUCUACUGGUUCACCGUGGAGUUUGGUCUCUGCAAGCAGAACGGCGAGAUCCGUGCCUACGGUGCCGGCCUCCUGUCCUCCUUCGGCGAGCUCGAGCACUCCGUCAAGGCAUUCGACUCGCACCGCCCGUUCGACCCGGCCGUUGCUGCUCGCACCAAGUACCCCAUCACCGAGUACCAGCCGAUCUACUUUGUCACCGACAGCUUCGCCGAUGCCAAGGAGCGCAUUCGCCGGUUUGCCGCCGAGUCUUCUCGCCCCUUCAGCGUCCGCUACAACCCUCUCACCCAGUCUGUGGAGAUCCUUGACGGUAACGAGCGUCUCGCUCGCCUGGCCGCGAGCAUCCGUGCUGACAUGAACCUUCUUACCGUGGCUCUUGAGCGCAACUCCAACAACGCCUCGGCCAGCUCUUAAGUGCUUAGGCGCAUUCGUGUGCUUAUGCACACGUUCUCUCCCUCUCUCUCUCUCCCUCUCU